AUGGCCUAUAACUUACAAAAGGAAGAGGAUGUUAAACAAUAUGUGGAAAACUUAGGUAUCGAGUAUCGCUUCGGUUGUUAUCAUGAAAAAAAGCCGGAAGUAUGUCAACUUUUGGGCGACUACUUAGAAGCAAUAAAAAAGGAUUAUAAAAAGGCCGCUGUUGUCUAUAAAAACAAUUGUCUAGAUUAUAACUAUGGUAAAUCUUGCCUAAAAUACGGGAAUUACUCCUUAAUUGGCCGCGGACGGGAUAAGCCAGACCCUAAAGAAGCAUUGCAAUAUUUUGAAAAAGGAUGUGAACUAAGUGAUCCUGCAUCAUGUCUACAUGCUGGUGUUUUACUCACAAACACCGGUUCUGAUAUCACAGUUCAAAGGGAUGUACCUAAAGGCUACAACUACCUUAAGAAAAGUUGUGAUCGGAAUGACGAUAUGGCAUGCCAUUACCUGUCUGGAAUGUAUCUUGCUGGAGUACCAAGGAAUGUAGUAGACUUCAACCCACAUAAUCCAGAGAAAAAUAAAAAUAUAGACUAUUUAAUUAAACCGGAUCUUAAGCAAGCAUUUCAGUUUGCAAAUAAAGCAUGUGAACUUGGUAAUAUUUAUGCUUGUGCUAAUAUUGGUAUCAUCGGCGGCUCUGGCUUCGACGAUCCCUCAUUGUUUCAAAACCCUAUUGAGCUGCAUGUGAACACGCCGUUUGGUAAACCCUCAGAUACACUACUCCAGGGACAGAUAAAAGGUGUGCCAUGCGUGCUAUUGGCGAGACAUGGACGCAAACAUCAGUACCAACCGAGUGAUGUCAACUACCGAGCCAAUAUUUGGGCACUGAAAGAGGCCGGCUGUACACAUGUGCUUGCUACCACGGCCACCGGAUCGCUGGUUGAAGAAUACAAACCGGGAGAUCUCGUCAUUUUGGACGACUUCAUUGAUAGGACAUGGGGUCGAAAAUGCACAUUUUACGACCGAACUGAAGGCGGUCCUAGAGGUGUGUGCCAUUUGCCUAUGCGUCCGGCGUUUUGCGAGAGGUCGCGACGCGCUCUGUUCGAUGCCGCGGUGUCUAGGGGAUAUAGAUGUCACGAAAAAGGAACCGCCGUAGUUAUACAGGGGCCUAGAUUUUCAAGUCGCGCUGAGAGUCUCAUGCACCGUCAGUGGGGCGGGCAUCUCGUAAACAUGACCACGGUUCCUGAGGUCGUGCUAGCAAAAGAGGCGGGCCUAAGCUAUGCCGCGGUCGCCUUAAUAACAGACUACGAUUGCUGGAGAGAAGAUGAAAAAUCUGUUUCAGUGAGCGAAGUGCUGGCUAUGUUCGCGCAGAACGUAAAGAAGGCAGCGGACGUUAUCUUGGAUGCCGUGCAGAUAUUAGGGGCGGACACUGACCUAGAAUAUUUGAAUGCGCAUCGGGAGCUGGUGACUUCCUCUAUAAUGUUAAAGGACUGA